AUGUGCAACUGGAACCAAUUUUGCGCCUUUCAACUCCAGCAAACCAUCAUCCUGAACGGUGGUUCCUUGUGGUGGCAAAGUGGGUAUUCUGAUGGAACUAUCGAUGUUCCUGAGAGUGAUGGAAACGCUGAGGGCACGUUCUUCAGCUUGCCUCUCGCUGACUCGUUCGAUGUGAAGACAACCAAUCUAUCUGGACUUUUCUCCAGGGGACCCAACCCAGUUACCAAACAAGCCAACUUUGAAGGCGGUGCAAUGUUUGGCAACAACCAGGAGAUCAUCCUCUACGGAGGCCUGACCAGACCAACAGAUAGCCAGGCUACCCCUGGGCCCAGGGAACUGCUCGGGCUUCGAUAUUCCAAGGGCGUGUCCACUGGAAACGAGGUGUAUUUCUUCAAUUCAUCGCUACCAACUGAUUUAACGCGAUACGUCACAAGUGGCGGACAAGUCUCAGUGCCCAGCGAGAAUUUAGCCUUCUACUUUGGGGGUAUGCGAGGACAAGGAUGGGGUCCCAUCACAUCAGAUGAUGCCUCUGCGAACACAACAGCUGACACUCUGAUCAUGCUUAACCUGACAGCUGUAGGAGACCAGAAGGUUUGGAGAAACUCAACGCUACCCAAAUCAAUCAUGAGUCGAGCUGAUGCGCAGCUUAUCUGGGUACCAGUCUCUGAGCAAGGGGUUCUAGUAGCCAUUGGUGGGGUGAAGACCCCAGAGUAUCUCUUUCCGUCCGGUCUUUCUUCGUCCCAGCAAGAACAAGACUCUCAAUUCGACUCGAACUUCAUGCGAGAAAUCGCGUUGUAUGACAUUGCACAAGACAGAUGGUAUCUCCAAAACACGACGGGCGACGUGCCACCAAACGGCCAUGCCUCUUUUUGUUCUACUCUUGCGUCUUCAUCGGAUGGGAGUUCUCACAACAUUUACAUCUACGGUGGCUACAGCGGACAGAAUUCGACAUCCGCACCAUAUGAUGAUGUGUAUAUUCUCUCUUUACCGUCCUUCGUGUGGAUCAAAGCCUACAAUGGCACUUCUAGGCACGGCCGUAGUGGUCACCAAUGCUUUGGUGUGCUACCUAGUCAUAUGCUGGUCGUCGGGGGUCUAUACAAAGAUCCGUCAUUCUGCCUCGAGGGUGGAAUCCUACAGACAUUCAGUCUCAACGAUUUAGAGUUCCAGACAACAUACUCUCCAGAGUCGGUGGAGGAGUAUCGUGUGCCUAACGUUGUGACCAGGCAGAUUGGGGGAACGGCAAAGGGGAAAGCAACUCAAACAGCACCCGCCUCUUGGGGAGAUCCACAGUUGAAAUCCCUAUUCGGUGCCACUUACACAAAAUCAAUAGCCACCUGGUAUCCAUAUAGCACGUCCGUUGCCACGACCAGCUCCAGCUCCACGACUACCCCCCAUUCAGAUGCCCAAGAAGCCCACUGGAUUGUGCCUGUUACUGUUGGCACAGUUAUCCCUGUAGCCGGAAUCACCUGCACGAUCAUCCUAUGGGUCUUACUCAAGCGGAAACACCACCUCCGGCCCGGACAGUGUCGAUGUAGUCCUGGAAAACGACACUGGGUGCACAAGUUUUGCCCCGGAACUAAUCAAUAUCUCCCCGGUGAGAUUGAGGGGAAUCCAAUAGAGCCAGAGGCAACACGCCCGGUCAGGACUUUAAGCGACAUGAUCAGCGAGCUACCCGCUCCUUGUCUUCCUUCCCGGAAUUCGAAUGAUUUUUCCAUUGCCGCGACGCCAGUUCAGAUGUAUUGCGAUGCCAACUUGUCAUAUGAGGCGCCAGGUAAUGACAAGCUAGUGGAGCUUUCCAGUGAGGCUUACGACUACCCUUCUGACGGAGCGAAGGCCGAGGACUGCGACGGCAAGCGCUCGCCACUGACCCGACAGUAA